GCGGCCCGGGGAAUGACAUCACCUGUGCGAGUGGCCGGCGGGCGGGAGCUCGCGCCGCAGUGUCCCCGCGCCGCGGCCCCAGCGCAGCCGCCGGGCGGAGGCGGAGGAGGGAGGAGGAGCGGGAGGAGCGGGGCGGCCGCGGCCCUUCCGCGCCCCUCCGCCGGCCAGCAUGGGAGCGGGCGGCCGCGCCGCCAGGUGGGGAAACUGAGGCACCGAGUGUGGUGGGGACUCUCAGACAUGCAAAAUAGCUGCUGUAAUCCCAACCCUGGUGCUGACGACGCUGGGGAGCCGCGGUGAGUUCUGCUGACCCGGAGCCUUCCCGGCUGGGGCCGAAGGCCAUCGCAGAGGAUGAGGAUCCUUCCCAGCCCGGGGAUGUCUUCGCUGGUCUCUCUCGUGAACCUCCUUUCCGUGCUGCUCGUAGGCUGCGUGGCUGAAAGUCCCCCCGUGUUCAUUAAGAAGCCUGUGGACCAGAUCGGCGUGUCGGGAGGGGUGGCCUCCUUCGUGUGCCAGGCCACCGGAGACCCCAAACCACGGGUCACCUGGAACAAGAAAGGGAAGAAAGUGAACUCGCAGAGGUUCGAGACGAUUGAAUUUGAUGAAAGCGCAGGUGCUGUUUUGAGGAUUCAGCCCCUCCGGACUCCCCGGGAUGAAAACAUUUACGAGUGUGUUGCUCAAAACCCUCAUGGGGAGGUCACCGUCCAUGCCAAGCUCACCGUCCUCCGAGAGGACCAGUUACCCCCCGGCUUCCCCAGCAUCGAUAUGGGGCCGCAGCUGAAGGUGGUGGAGCGGACCCGAACAGCCACGAUGCUCUGCGCCGCCAGCGGGAACCCCGACCCAGAGAUCACUUGGUUUAAAGAUUUCCUGCCUGUCGACCCCAGCGCGAGCAACGGGAGAAUCAAACAGCUGAGAUCAGGUGGCCUGCAGAUCGAGAGCAGCGAGGAGACGGACCAGGGGAAGUACGAAUGCGUCGCCAGCAACAGCGCGGGCGUGCGCUACUCCUCGCCCGCUAACCUUUACGUGAGAGUUCGUCGCGUGGCCCCUCGCUUCUCCAUCCUACCCGUCAGCCACGAGAUCAUGCCCGGCGGCAACGUCAACAUCACCUGCGUGGCCGUGGGGUCGCCCAUGCCCUACGUCAAGUGGAUGCAGGGAGCGGAGGACCUGACCCCCGAAGACGACAUGCCCGUGGGCCGCAACGUCUUGGAGCUCACGGACGUCAAGGAUUCCGCCAACUACACGUGUGUGGCCAUGUCCAGUUUGGGAGUCAUAGAAGCCGUUGCUCAGAUCACGGUGAAAUCGCUCCCCAAGGCUCCUGGGACGCCAGUGGUGACAGAGACGACAGCAACAAGUAUCACCAUCACCUGGGACUCUGGAAAUCCAGACCCUGUGUCCUACUAUGUCAUUGAAUACAAGUCUAAAAGCCAGGACGGACCGUAUCAGAUCAAAGAGGACAUCACCACCACACGCUACAGUAUCGGGGGGCUCAGCCCCAACUCCGAGUACGAGAUCUGGGUCUCUGCGGUCAACAGCAUCGGGCAGGGCCCUCCCAGCGAGUCCGUGGUCACUCGGACCGGGGAACAAGCUCCUGCCAGUGCCCCCCGCAAUGUGCAGGGCCGAAUGCUGAGCAGCACCACCAUGAUCAUCCAGUGGGAGGAACCGGUGGAGCCCAACGGGCAGAUCCGUGGCUAUCGCGUCUAUUACACCAUGGAGCCCGACCAGCCCGUCAGCAACUGGCAGAAGCACAACGUGGACGACAGCCUGCUGACCACGGUGGGCAGCCUGCUCGAGGACGAGACCUACACCGUGCGCGUCCUGGCCUUCACCUCGGUGGGAGACGGGCCCCUUUCUGACCCCAUCCAGGUCAAGACGCAGCAAGGAGUCCCUGGGCAGCCGAUGAACUUCCGAGCAGAAGCCAAGACGGAGACGAGCAUCGUGUUGUCGUGGAGCCCUCCCCGCCAGGAGAUCAUAGUGAAGUAUGAGCUCCUCUAUAAGGAAGGAGACCAUGGCAGGGAGGUGCCAAAGAACUUCGACCCAACGACCUCGUUCACUGUGGAAGGCCUGAAGCCCAACACUGAGUAUGUCUUCCGUCUGGCCGCCCGCUCGGCCCUGGGCCUGGGGGCCUUCACCCCGGAGGUCCGGGAGCGCACCUUGCAGUCUAAACCGUCUGCCCCCCCUCAAGACGUAAAAUGCGUCAGCACCAGAUCCACCGCCAUUCUGGUAAGUUGGCGGCCGCCUCCAGCCGAAAGCCAGAACGGCGUCCUGGCCGGCUACAGCGUCUACUAUCGAGCGCUGGACUCGGAGGACACGGAGCUUAAGGAGGUGAAUGAUAUCCCCCCAACCACCAGUCAGAUCCUACUGGAGUCACUGGAGAAGUGGACAGAGUAUCGCAUCACUGUCGUGGCUCACACGGAGGUGGGGCCGGGCCCAGAGAGCUCGCCGGUUAUCGUCCGCACAGAUGAAGAUGUGCCCAGCGCUCCGCCUCGCAAGGUGGAGGUGGAGGUGCUCAACUCCACCGCCAUCCAGGUGUUCUGGCGUUCUCCAGUCCAGAACCGCCAGCAUGGCCAGAUUCGCGGCUACCAGGUGCACUACGUGCGCAUGGAGAACGGAGAGGCCAGGGGGCUGCCCCAGAUCAAGGACAUCAUGCUGGCUGACGCCCAGGAAAUGAUCAUUGCUGGGCUUCAGCCUGAGACAACGUAUUCCAUAACCGUAGCCGCCUACACCAUGAAGGGAGAUGGUGCUCGCAGCAAACCCAAAGUGGUCACCACCAAGGGCGCAGUCCCAGGGAAGCCCAUCCUGUCUGUGCACCAGACAGAGGAGAACACCCUGCUGGUGAAAUGGGAGCCUCCGUUGGAUGCGGAAGGCCAGGUGAUGGGCUACCGGCUCCAGUUCGGCCGCAAGGAUGUCGACCCCCUGGCUACCUUGGAGUUCACGGCCCUGGAGGAUAAGUACACCGCUCCCAGCAUCCACAAAGGCGCCACGUAUGUUUUCAAGCUGGCCGUGAAAAGCCGGGCUGGCUUUGGGGAGGAAGCUGUGCAGGAACUCACCACCCCUGAAGACAUCCCCAAGGGUUACCCCCAAAUCCUCGAGGCGAGCAACAUCACUUCCAUGUCGGUCCAGUUUGGCUGGCUGCCCCCCGUGCUGGCCGAGAGGAACGGAGCCAUCGUCAAAUACACCGUGGCCUACCGGGAAGCCGGUUCUCCCGGCAACCCGCUGGAAAAAGACCUGCCCCCCUCCCCAGAGAACUCCUACACCCUCAACGGCCUCAAACCCAACACCGCCUAUGAUGUUAAAAUCCGUGCUCACACCAGUAAAGGCCCCGGGCCGUACAGCCCGACUGUCCAGUAUCGGACGUUCCAGCUGGAUCAAGUUUUGCCCAAGAACUUCAAGGUGAAGAUGGUGACAAAGACGUCUGUGCUUUUGAGCUGGGAGUUUCCUGAGAACUACAACUCUCCCACCCCAUACAAGAUCCAGUACAACGGGCUGAAUGUCGACGUGGACGGCCGCACCACCAAGAAGCUCAUCACCAACCUGAAGCCCCGCACGUUCUACAACUUCGUUCUGAUGAACCGGGGCAACAGCAUGGGCGGCCUGCAGCAGAACGUGGCUGCCUGGACCGCCGCGGACAUGUUACCGAAGAAGCCAGAGGUGACCCACAAGCCUGAUGCUGAUGGCAACGUGGUGGUGAUUCUCCCGGAUGUGAAGAGCUCUGUGCCUGUCCAGGCUUACUACAUCGUGGUGGUGCCUCUGAGGAAGUCCCGGGGUGGACAGUUCCUCAACCCCUUGGGCAGCCCUGAGGAGAUGGACCUGGAGGAGCUGGUUCAGGACAUUGCCAGGCUCCGACGCCGAAGUCUGCGCCACUCCCGACAGCUGGACUUCCCCAAGCCCUACAUCGCUGCCCGUUUUCGCUCCCUCCCCUCCCACUUCAUCUUGGGGGACAUGAAACACUACGACAACUUCGAAAACAGAGCCCUGGAGCCCGGGCAGAAAUAUGUCAUCUUCAUCCUGGCAGUGCUGCAGGAGCCUGAGGCCACUUUUGCUGCUAGUCCGUUCUCCGACCCCAUCCAGCUGGACAACCCUGAUCCUCAGCCGAUCAUUGAUGGAGAGGAAGGGCUGAUCUGGGUCAUUGGGCCCGUCCUGGCCGUGGUGUUCAUCAUCUGCAUUGUCAUUGCCAUCCUACUCUACAAAAACAAACCAGACAGCAAAAGGAAAGAUUCAGAGCCACGGACAAAAUGCCUCCUGAACAACGCCGAAAUCACCCCUCACCACCCGAAGGACCCUGUGGAAAUGAGGCGCAUCAACUUCCAAACUCCAGAUUCUGGUCUGAGCAGCCCUCUCAGUGACCCUGAGUUUGACUUGGAAAGUAUGCUCAGCCACCCACCAAUCCCCGUUUCUGAGCUGGCUGAACACACAGAGCAUCUCAAAGCUAAUGAUAACCUGAAAUUGUCCCAAGAGUAUGAGUCCAUCGACCCUGGCCAGCAGUUCACGUGGGAACAUUCCAACCUCGAAGUGAACAAGCCCAAGAACCGCUACGCCAACGUGAUCGCCUACGACCACUCGCGUGUCAUCCUCCUGCCCAUCGAAGGUAUUGUGGGCAGCGAUUACAUCAACGCCAACUACAUCGACGGCUAUCGGAAGCAGAACGCCUACAUCGCCACGCAGGGGCCUCUGCCAGAGACCUUCGGAGACUUUUGGCGGAUGGUGUGGGAGCAGCGAUCAGCUACUAUUGUGAUGAUGACUAAGCUGGAGGAGAAAUCACGGAUAAAGUGUGACCAGUACUGGCCGGGCCGAGGUACAGACACCUAUGGAAUGAUUCAAGUGACGUUACUCGAUACCAUAGAGUUGGCCACGUUCUGUGUUCGCACGUUCUCCCUCCACAAGAACGGCUCCAGCGAGAAGCGGGAGGUCCGCCAGUUCCAGUUCACAGCCUGGCCUGACCACGGGGUGCCCGAGUACCCCACCCCGUUCCUGGCUUUUCUGAGACGGGUGAAAACCUGCAACCCCCCUGACGCUGGUCCCAUUGUGGUGCACUGCAGUGCGGGCGUUGGCCGGACCGGCUGCUUCAUCGUGAUCGACGCCAUGCUCGAGAGGAUAAAACACGAGAAGACGGUGGACAUUUACGGGCACGUCACCCUCAUGAGGUCACAGCGCAACUACAUGGUACAGACAGAGGACCAGUACAGCUUUAUACACGAUGCCUUGCUCGAGGCCGUCGCGUGCGGCAACACGGAGGUGCCAGCGCGGAACCUCUACACCUACAUCCAGAAACUGGCGCAGAUUGAGGUCGGGGAGCACGUGACGGGCAUGGAGCUGGAGUUCAAGCGACUCGCCAACUCCAAAGCCCACACCUCCCGGUUCAUCAGCGCCAACCUCCCGUGCAACAAGUUCAAGAACCGCCUGGUGAACAUCAUGCCGUACGAGACCACGCGGGUCUGCCUGCAGCCCAUCCGCGGCGUGGAGGGCUCCGACUACAUCAACGCCAGCUUCAUCGACGGCUACAGGCAGCAGAAGGCGUACAUCGCCACGCAGGGGCCGCUGGCCGAGACCACCGAGGAUUUCUGGCGGAUGCUGUGGGAGAACAACUCCACCAUCGUCGUCAUGCUGACCAAGCUUCGCGAGAUGGGGCGGGAAAAGUGCCACCAGUACUGGCCAGCGGAGCGCUCUGCCCGGUACCAGUACUUCGUCGUGGAUCCCAUGGCGGAAUACAACAUGCCUCAGUACAUCCUGCGAGAGUUCAAGGUCACCGACGCCAGGGAUGGUCAGUCACGAACUGUCCGUCAGUUCCAGUUCACCGACUGGCCAGAACAAGGGGUGCCAAAAUCAGGAGAAGGUUUUAUCGAUUUCAUCGGCCAGGUACAUAAGACCAAGGAGCAGUUCGGCCAGGACGGCCCCAUCUCUGUGCACUGCAGUGCUGGCGUGGGCAGGACCGGAGUGUUCAUCACCUUGAGCAUCGUCCUGGAAAGGAUGCGCUACGAGGGGGUUGUAGAUAUUUUCCAGACAGUAAAGAUGCUGCGAACACAACGACCUGCCAUGGUGCAAACAGAGGACGAAUACCAGUUCUGUUACCAGGCAGCUCUGGAGUAUCUGGGAAGUUUUGAUCACUAUGCAACAUAAAAAGCCAUCGUUGUGCAGACUCUACCAACCACUUAAGUCCUGGAAGGCCUCUUUUGACCCGGGAGGAGCGUUUGAACUUAACAAAACUGAAAUCAGAAGUACCUUUUCAUCUGGACAAUGCAUUGGGGAGCAGGGGAAGGACUGGAAGGAACACCCCUUGGAGGACUCAUCGUGUCAGCGGCCGCGCAGACGCAGCUCGGAGGCUGCGGCUCCAGGUGCUGAACUGCUCUCGUUACCUCAAGUGGUGUUCGCUCAGCAGGACGAAUGGACAUGGAGAAACGGAUCCAAAAGCUAAAAAAAACACACCUUGCGAAACGUUACCGCUGGAGAAGGGAAGGAAACCGACUUUGGUUACAUCAUUAGAGUUCAGUUUAUUUACUAAUAUAGUUGGCAGUCUUUAAAGGAAGUCACUUGCAGAAUUGAAGGUGUUCUGUAAAAGAUACAACAAGGAAUUAAAUCUCACCACGUAGGCAAAGGGAGGGUCAGGAGUUCAGGCUGGAGUCUUAAUAAGCUCAGUGUCAGCACGGGGAUGGUCCUGGGCUCACAGGCACCUUGUAACAUGGGAGAGGCUUUAAGCUCACGGUUUGAAUACUUGCAACAUUCCUCAUUUCUUCUAAUUCCAAACUUGAUUUUUUUAGGAUAUUUAGAAUUCUAGAGCCCCGGCCGUGUGCUGUGCCCCCCGCACCGGGACAGGCACAGGUGGGGUCGCUGCUCCCCCUUUCAGCGCACCCAGCCCCAGGGCGUUCAUUUGAGCAGCGUGGGACCCUCGUGAGGACACGCGGCCCCUUCCCGUUCUCUUUGCACACUCACGCCCCCACUUUGCAAGCAGCUGUGCCCCCAGCGCUCCAAACGGAGCCCGAGCAGCGCCCGUAAGAAAUGUAUUGCCAAUAACCAGCCAGAGACUCUCAGGACCGUCCGAGGCCGCCGGCGCAGCCGCCACCGCGCCCGGGCUGGAGAGAUAAUGGGGAGAGACCGAGUCACAUGCAUCCGAUGGCAAAUACUGUGAGUGGCUUUCUUUAAAGUAUCGAUGUAACUGUAACAAGUGACAUUACCUUUUUUUUUUUUUAAAUAGUGUAUUUUUUCCUUUUUUUAAGAAAAAAAAAGACAAAGAAUAUCAGUCAAUGAAUUUAAAAGAAAAAUUUGCUUAUUUGUUCAUAUUAUGUUCAAAGACAGUCUAUUUUUUCACUGUAGAAAUGUUACGUGUAAUGGCUGUGAUAUAUAAAAAUGCAGUGCAAAUUGCUACUUCUACAUAUUGCUUUUCUACCAUUUAAAAGGUUGAACUUGCUCAUGGAAGAACAAAACGUCCUUUCUGGAUCUUCUUUUGGGUUCUUUUGGUUUAAAUCGCAGACAUAUCGUGGUUCGGAGGGGGGGAGCGGGGGCUGCACCGACCCCUCCUGCAGGUCAAAUAAACCAGUGUCUUACCGUGACUGCGGACGGACGGACAGACGGUGAUGCCGCACAUCAGCGCACACAUUUGUACCACCAACGGUCGAUCGUGGUAACGGCCCCGGUCUGUCCGUGCGCCGGGUUGUGGGUGAAAUGCUCGUGGGAGCGUCCGUGCCGCGUUUCCUCGUGUUGGCGACGCCGCGCUGCCCCGGCACCGCUUGCCUGUGACUGUUCCUGGUUUUAUUUUCUAGAAGGGGGAAUCACGGCCAUCGAGUGCGACCCAGAAAACCCCACAAUGAUCUAUUUCCUGUCUUUAACUGAAAAAAAAACCACAAAAGGCUUCUCCAAGAUUUUACUUCUUAUUUGUGUAAAAGUUGCCCAAAUUUCUAAGUAUGUUGCAGCAAAACAAGUCGGGGGGAGGGGGGAGGUUUUUUCCUUUGUAUGAGAGCAAAGUGCUGUUGCUUUCACACUGUUAUUUCAAACUGAAACAGUAAGUGGUUUUCACACCACUGUGUAUGUAGAUAUAUUGACUUUGUAUUAAAGGAAGAUUGUCUGAA